AUGACAGGCGCUGUCCCAGGACCGGGCGACAGGCUUCGCGCAUCAUCGGUCGCCAUUUCCGGUCCAGCCUCCUUAUCGCUCUGGAAUGGCAUCGACGAGUUCACGUGCUUCAAAGAUCGCAUUGAUGCACCACCGCUUCCCAUGCCGUCCAUCACCGAGCCAGUUCGCGUCGUCAUCGUCCGGCAUGGUCAAAGCACCUGGAAUGCUGAAGGCCGCAUCCAGGGCAGCACAGAUUUAUCAGUGCUUACAGAAAAGGGAAUCAAGCAAGCUGAGAAAACACGCGACAUGCUGUCCUCCAUGCGCUUCUCCGCAGUGUUUCAGAGCCCCUUGGCCAGAGCUCGGCAAACAGCAGAUGUGGUGCUGCAGGGGCAAUCCACGAGGAUGGGUGAGGAGGACGUCGACGCGGAGGAGGACGUCAUCAGCGGCUCCGAUACCGUACGGCGGAUUACGCUGCCGUCACUGCGGGAGAUCGACCUCUAUCACUUCCAGGGCCUGCUAAAACACGAGGGCAAGGCGCUGUACGGCGAUCAGUACAGCAAAUGGCAAAAAGAGCCGCAUACUUUUGAACUGAACUCUCACGCGCCAGUGAGGGAGCUUUGGCAUCGCGCGUCCCUAGCCUGGCGAAACCUGCUACAGCGGCCCCAACAGGGCGCCGGGGGGUCGACAGUAGCAGCAACAGCAGCAGCAGCAGGUCGACCGGCGGCGGAGGCUGUUGCGCGAACCGACCCGCGGGUAGUCCUCGUGGUGGCUCAUAACGCAAUCAAUCAAGCUCUCGUCGCGACCGCACUGGGCCUGCCGCCGUCAUAUUUCCGACGGCUUCCCCAAAACAACGCCGCAUUGAGCGUCAUUGAUCUGGAGCCCUCAACAGCUACCGUGACAAACACAAACGCUAGCAGCGGCGUUCGGAUUACGUUGUCCUGCCUCAACCAGUCCCCGGACAACCCGUUCAAGAACCCCGACAAGGUGCUGGCGAAUGUGGUGCUGGUGACACCGCCGUCGUCUUCACAUCCACAGCGGCGCAAAGCACAGCAACCUCCGAUAGUGGCGAAAAGGGAGAUGCUGUUGGAAGUGCAGGAGGAGGUGGAGGAAGAGCUGCGUUCCUUGGCGGCAGUGCUGAGCAAGCUGCAGGUAACCCACGUGCUGGCGGGUCCUGGCGUCAGCGCGGCCACUGCGACGGCAUUGCUGGCGGGACAGCAGCCGCCACCUUCAGUGAAGCCACCGCCGGAGCAUGCAGGCCGUGCCGGCGAUGGCGGCAGUGCCGCUGCGGUGGAGUUCCUGCCGUCCAGUGCGCCAGCGGAGGCCAUCUGGCAGCGUGCAGUAUCAUCGCUGGUGACGGCGGCACCGCCGCCGCCGCCAGGCGACGCUCGCUCUUCGUCGUACGGCAAUGUGCUUGUCGUACUCGACGCUGAGAGUCACCCUCCGAAGCGGUUCAAGCUCCGAAACGACGGCAGGGUUGGAGCAUGCUGCAUCGUCAUCUGUGCACACGGCGCAGUGCUGCAGUUUACUGCAGCACCUUUUGUCGUUUGCAGCUCCUCUACAUCGUCAUCAUCAUCAUCAUCAUCAUCAUCACCCGCCAUGUGA